AUGGGUAUUCAAGUCACUAGAGUCGACUGUAAGCUUCCAAAUGUUUGCGCCAUAGAUGUUAAAGCAGAUGAAUCACUUCGUAUUAUUGGUGUUUAUGCUUCAGACAGUAGAUCUUGGUCGUGGGAGGAGAUUUCCCCUCUCAUUGCAAGUAAAUGUGUUGUAUUUGGAGAUUUUAACGUCGAUGUUUUUCAAGAUAGUAAUAAAUCAGAAAAGUUGCUGCGUUGGGCGGAUAUGAAUUCUUUAGCUCCAUUCAUACCUGAUGCACCUACCUCUUUACGUUCUAAUAGAGUUAUUGAUUAUGCACUAGCUCGAGGUAUAAACAUUAAUGUUCAAACACAAAAAGGUAACACAACAAGUGAUCAUCUUCCUAUUCUCUCGUCGAUUCCAAUAUCUAUUAAGCAGAAUCUAGUAGAAGCUUGGCUUCGUAACAGACGUGCUUUUAUUGAAGUUAAUGGUAGUAAAUCACGGUGGUUUAAUAUUGGAAAAGGAGGUCCUCAGGGUGGUAUUUUAACACCGUGUCUAUUCAUAGCCUAUCACUGUGAUAUGGGCCAAUUUUUGUCAGGAUGCACCAGUCACUUUUUUGCUGAUGAUCUAGCAGCAAUUGUUUCUGGUCAAAUAGGUUUAAGUUAUACAAAUCAAUGCCUUGAUCUGGAAAAACGUAUCAAAUUGUUUCUUGACCAGCUUGAAUACUACGCCUGUCUAUCAGUUCAACCCAUAAAUUUUACCAAGACAGUGGCGCUAUUCAGUGCUAGAGCAAUAGGUUUACCUAAAUUCGAUAUUAAUUCUGAUUCGAAUAAUGAAGAAAAGAUUAGCUGGGUUAAUGAGUUCAAGUAUCUUGGAUACUGGGUUACACCGAAAAUGGGCUGGGGCACAAUGAUUAAAAAGACGAUGACAAAGGUUAGACAACGCGUCUCUUUAAUUAGAUCGUUUAAGCUAUUUGGGUGUUCUUCACCUCAGCUUAAGCGUGCCCUAUUUUCUUCGUACGUGCUUCCUUUGUUUACCUGGAUCUAUGUUCUCUUUCCACUUUUUUCUGAUAAUCAAAGAAAUGAACUUUCGCACUUUUAUUACACGUGUCUCCGUAAUGUGAUGUUCUGUUUGCAGUGGGAUAUAAACUUUUUCGCUUAUGCUAUGGAUGAGAAAUCGUUAGAAGACC